GUGCACCAAUCCCCCAAUUGACGUGAUGCAAUAGCGUUGCACAAGGCUGAAAUAUCUUGCAAGAACCCAUAUUUCACAACUCCGUACCUACUUCAUCAAUAUCCCCCUGUCCCCAGUCUCCAACCCGAGUUUCCACACGAUUCGCCCUGAAGUCCGACGCAUUAUUUUUUUUUCUUAAACGACCAUCGGUCCUUCUUAGAAGCUAUCGACACCUUUAGCAACUCAACCAUCAUGCCGAAGGAGAAGAAUUUCAACCCGGUGCAGGCUCAGCGUAAAGCUGAAAAGGCCAAAGCACUCAAGAAAGGCAAGGCAGAAGCUGCAGCCCGUCGGAACGAGAAGCUCGCGAAGCGAAACCCCGACAGGAUACAGAAGCAGAUCGACGACCUAAAGAAAAUCACAUCUAGUGGCGGCAAACUUACCAAGCACGAGGAAUCAGUACUGGAAGGGCUGGAGCGUGACCUGAAAGCAGUUACCAAGGCCAGGGAAGCACUUGGCGAUAAAGCACCAUCUUUUGGCCGCAGCAGUGGCCCUAGAGGUGAUGGCCAAAGGGACAAUAAUGUGCUGGGCAAGCGAAGAAGAGGAGGCGGCGAUGACGGCUUAAGCAGCGAUAGCGACGUACCCGAAGACGUCAGAAAUAUUCCUAUGCCGCGAGACACGCCGCCGCCAAUCCCGAAAGAGAUACUAGAUAAAUGGUAUGCGAAACGCAGAGCUGCACGGAAUGCAAACGAUACACCACUGGGCGGCCAGGACAAGCAACCGCCGCCAUCUGCGCCGGUGGAGUCCAAGACGGUAUAUGAAGCGAAGCCGAUAGUACGCGAUUUGCGUAAAGAGGCCGUCAGCGCAUUCGUGCCCACGGCAGUUCGGAUGAAGAUGGAAAAGAGCAAAGGCCACGGUGGUCUAAUGGAACCUGAAGAGGCAGAUCGUUUGGAAAAAGAAGGCUAUCUCAAGACUGUUCCGGCCCAAAGUGACGCGUCAGAACUUACUACGACGACAGGGCCCCAGAAAGUUUCAAUGGAGGAAGUGGAAGACGAUCAAGAUUGAGCCUAUCGAAAUUCAAUAACCAUCCAAGCCGUUCUCGCGGGUGGCCGUUGCGUUGGAGUCGGGGCCCGUUCCUAUUAGUUGGAAGUGCGACGGUUCCUAGCUGAACCCCACGGUUGUCGAUAAAGUGCAGAGCUUUGUUGUUACGCUUUGGCUGAAUCCUACUGUCUCCUCCUGUCUCCAUGCUACCUAGAGCAGCUUAGAGGAGAAGCCGAGAGACAGGGACGGCACGUUCCUUCGUCGCUGGUGCAUGCAGCAGAGACGAUUCCUGGUAAGAAAGAUAGCUUAUCAAAAAGGUAUGUUGGUCCUAGAUACCUAAGUCUGGAGCAUUGGGUAUCACCAUAGGCCAGGGUAGGCCAGGGGUAGACCGGUAGUUAAAGGUUUUGUGGAGGUGAUUGUGUCCCUA